GGUGUCUUCAGGGCAUAUGACUCGCUGAAGACAGUAUGUAGUGAGAUAUCGUUAUCAGCACCUGAGAGAAUUACUAGUGUUUCCAUGCGGAAGUAUAUUGCCACACUCAGUCAAGUCAUUGACAUGACGGAGCAUGAACUUGAAUGGCUGUGUGGUCAUUUAGGUCACACAGCUAAUAUACACAAGCUUCAUUACAGAGCUACAAGUGGCUUCAUAAAACGUGUGAAUAUUGGCAAACUAAUGCUUCUUCAAGAUUUGAAUGUUGCUGGACAGUUUGCUGGUAAAAGGCUCCAAGACAUCGAUAUUGUUGAAGAUGACAAUGUACCCAGAAAAAAAAGGCUGCUAGUACCAGGCAGGCAUGGAGCAAAGACGAAGAGGAGGAAUUGAGGAAACUCUUCAAAAAAAACUUUGACACAAGGACCUAUCCAGGUCUCAAAGACUGCAAUAGAGCAAUCCAUAACAGUAGAACGAGCAGUGGAUUAAUUCACAAAAGAAAUUGGGAAACCAUCAAGAAAAAAGUUAUCCGCAUGGUCAAAGCACAUAAAUGACUUGGUUGGAACUAGUGCCAUCUGCUAGUAAAUAGACUUACAUGUCUCAAAACAAAGACAUUGGAAGUUCUUGGGGGGGGGGGAUAUUUUGUUUGAUUGUUUAAUUGUUAAAAUUUGGGUAGUAUGACAUGAUUGUCAAUGGUUCAAAACUAAUAACUUAGGACAGACAACGGAGAUAUAAUGAUUGAAAUUAGCGAGUUAUAUGGACACUUGUUAUGUGAUGUGUUUUGUCAAAGGCUUAGGUGAUUUGACUUGAUGGAAACAGAUUUAGAAAAUCAAUGAAUUCAGGUACUUGCUAGGACAAGUCUUUUAUGGCAAUUUGUCCUAAGUUUUUGAUGGUAUAACAUGCUCGAAAUAGACUUGCAAAAUUGCAAAAUCAGAUAUUUUUGCUGAUAACUUUGACCAACCAAACAGUGAAGUGUUAAAUUAUUCCUGGCAUACCAGAUGCCCAAAAUCAUUAUUGGUGUAGAUGUAGAUUGGAACCUUGUUUAUAUAAAGCUAAUUGAUUUUUAUUUUGUGAAGAACAUCAGAUUGAAUGUUUAAGCCAAGAAUAUUUGCUGAUCUGUUAUUUGGUAGCAAUAUUUUUAAAAACUGCAGCCCAUACUUAGGGAGAUUGAAGAUUAUUUUUCAAAAUAUGGUAUCAAGGUUUAUUAUGAAGAAAAAAUAAUUCAGUUAAAUUGUAUUGAGUUUACUUUAAUAAUCAUUUGUCCAUAAGAUAUGUGGAUAAUUUUUUCCAAAGCUGCGAUAGUAGACAUGAUCAAAAUAGAUGUAAAAUUGAUUUAAGUUAGCUUAAUGCUUAGACACAUCUCGUGUGGUAAUUUGUCCUUUUAUUUGAUUAAGUGACCAGAUGUAAACAGAUUUUAAAAAAUUGAAGUGGUACACCUUUAAUUUAGAUCUAGAAAAGUAGUAUUUUUAGCCCACCAUCAUCAGAUGGUGGGCUAUUCAAAUCGCCCUGCGUCCGUGGUCCGUCGUCCGUCCGUCCGUCAGUCCGUCCCUCCGUCCGUCCCUCCGUCGUCCCUCCGUCC